GAGUUGAGGUUUUAGACUUGUGUGUAAAAAAGAGCGUCACUUUUCCAAAGCACAGCUCGCGAAGUUAAAUUAUUAAAAGAAAAGAGGAGAAGAAGAAAAAGAAAAAGAAAUUCGUAUUUUUUUUAUAUUUUCUCUCUCUGUAGCGCCGAGAAUGGCAGAGGAGAUGCAAGAGCAAGGCACCGAGACGGUGAAAAAAGAAAUGCUCGACAUCGAGUCACAAGUCAAGGAAGCUAUGGUCUCUCGCGUUAGCCACUUCAAAGAACAAGCCGACUCUUUGACGUUUGAGGGAGUGCGAAGACUGCUAGAGAAGGACUUGGGAUUGGAAAAAUUUGCAUUGGAUGUGCAUAAGAGAUUUGUCAAGCAGUGUUUGUUUGAGUGCUUAGAUGGCGCUGUUGCUGACAAUGCCUCUAAGGGCUCUCGGGAAACAGGGGAAAAACAUGUUGGUUCUCCAAAAGAAGGCACAGAAUCACCUGAAAUACUAGAGUCAAAAAACUAUAUAAAGGAACCUUCCUCUGAAGAAGAGGAAAAAAUGGAAGAAUGUCCUGUAACGGGCCUUUUGACAGGACAAAAAACAACAAAAUCAAAGACCAAGGAUACUCAAGCAAAUGCGAUUAAAGUUCCAAGUGACCAUGCCUCCAAGGACUUUGGGGGAACGGGGGGAAAACAUGUUGGUUCUCCAAAAGAAGGCACAGAGUCACCUGAAAGACUAGAGUCAAAAAACAAUAUAAAAGAACCUUCCUCUGAAGAAGAGGAAAAAAUGGAAGACUCUCCUGUAAUGGGCCUUAUGACAGGAAAAAAGACAACAAAAUCAAAAACCAAGGAUGCUCAAGCAAACGAGAUUAAAGAAGUUCCAAGUGAAGGCAGCAUAAAGAAAGCCAUGAUGAAACGGGCUUCUUAUAUCAAAGCUAAUUCCGAGGAAAUUACAAUGGCUGGACUUCGUCGACUCCUAGAGGAUGAUCUUAAACUCGAUAAAUUUUCACUAGAUCCCUACAAGAAGUUCAUUAGCAAGCAGUUAGAUGAGGUAUUAAAAUCUUCUCGAGUUUCUGAACCUAAGAAGAAAAAUCUUAAGAAUAAUUCUCAUGCUAAAGCAUCUAAAAGGGUAAGCAGUGAAGAGAGCGCAGAUUCUUCAGAUAAAGAGAGCGAUGAGGAGGAAGAAGUAAAACCAAAGAAAAAGAAAACCGGUGCAGAACGAAAGAUGCAGAACGCAGAAGGGUCCAAGAAACGGGGAAGACCUGAAAAGGAAAUGAAGGUAUCUGCCAAGAAGCGGAUCAAGCCCUCGGAAACAGUGUCGGAGGACAAUAAUAAUGACAUGGAAGACAGCGGAAAUGUUUCGGAAGACAACGAUUCUCCAUCAUCUGCAGAAAAACCACUCAAGAAGAAGGAAGCUUCUACUCCAGCAUAUGGGAAACGUGUGGAGCUUCUGAAAUCAGUCAUUAAAUCCUGCGGGAUGAGUGUGCCUCCUGUGAUUUAUAAGAAGGUGAAGCAAGUGGCUGAGAACAAGCGAGAGGCUCAGCUAAUAAAGGAACUUGAAGACAUACUUUCUAGAGAAGGACUGUCAUCAAAUCCAUCUGAAAAAGAGAUCAAAGAAGUUAGAAAGAGAAAGGAAAGGGCAAAAGAACUUGAGGGCAUUGACUUGAGCAACAUUGUGACAACUUCACGUAGAAGGUCUGCAACCAGUUUUGUAGCUCCAAAGCCAAAAGUACUAGUUGAAAGUGAGAGUGAUGACACUGAUGAUACAGAGGAGGAUGAUGAAGAUGGUGAGGACAACAAUGAAGAUGAUGGAGAUGACAAUGGGGGUGUUGACAGCCCAAGUGAAGAGGCUGAUGAGGAGCAAGAUGAUGGCAGCGACUGAAUCCGGUGCAAGCUGACUUGACAUGCAUGACCGAAGCUUAAACAAUUAGAGUAAAUGGGUGUAUUAGAAGCCUCAGCCAUUAGAUUAUGUGGGUGUGUUAUGUGUACUAUACUCAAAUUUAUUUCGUCAGACUUUUUCUGGGUGUAGGAAUAGUUAGCUUUGAUGGGAAAUUUGCUUGCGGCUAUGCCCGUUAGGAUAUGUUUAUCGCAGCAGCCUUAGUGACUUGGGGAGGGUUCUUCUCUGGAAAACUUAGCCUGAAUUAUAAGCUCAGAUUCUUGUAUAUCGAUGUAGGCUAAUUUCUGCUACCAAAGAUUUCCGAUCGAAAACAUCAGAAUUUGACGGCCCCAGGCUCUUUGGCUCCGAGUUGAGCUAAAUUUGUUUAUCAA